AUGCCGGGUCGCUGUGACUCGCAGAACUGCGCAAGCAAAGGCGAGCGACUGCUCAUCACGGCCAAGGCACCGCAGGUUGUCCGUGACCUACCUGCUGCCCUGCGAGUGCAGGAAACUCUGCAGUUUGACCAGUGCAACUACAACUUGCGCGAGCAGAUCUCUUCCCUGCUGGUCGGCGCGGACGUCGGGCACUUCCCGAACGAGAGAAAGGCCUUGGAGGAUUUCGAGGCCAUCCCCAGCAUCUUUCGCUCCUUUCCAGCUCGGCAGCGGCUUUGCGAGGUUCUCACAGAGGCUUCCGACUUUCUUGCCGUGUACGAGAGGCUGGUGCUGGAGGUUCUGGUUCCAUGGCUCCGGCAGCGCUUGGAGAAGCAGGUGGGGAGCCUGGGUCCGAGCCACGGUCGCAGCACAGCACUUUCUGCACUUUUCCUGCUCGUCUUCAAUGGACGGUAUAUAGAUGUAUAA